AUGCUUUCUUCCCAGAGGAUGCUGUCGUCACGUGCCUGCGUACUUCAACGCAGUCAACGGCAAGCCACAAAGGAUGCUGGAACGAUUUCUGGACUCAAUGUUUUGCGUAUCAUCAACGAGCCAACUGCUGCGGCCAUUGCUUAUGGUUUGGAUAAGAAGGGCCAAGGCGAGCGAAAUGUUCUGAUUUUUGACUUGGGCGGUGGAGCGUUUGAUGUGUCAACCUUGACUAUUGAAGAUGGUAUUUUUGAGGUCAAGUCGACUGCUGGAGACACUCACUUUGGAGGUGAAGAUUUUGACAAUCGAAUGGUUAACCAUUUUGUUGCUGAAUUUAAGCGUAAACACAAGAAGGAUCUUGCCACCAAUCCGCGUGCUCUCCGUCGUCUUCGUACUGAUUGUGAACGUGCUAACAAGGGAACAUUCCGAACUGUGACCAAAAAUUUUCAAAUAAAAAUUAUACCAUCGUGUAGAGCAUGGUCGAAAGCCAAUUGUAGUAGGUUUCUUUUUUGGCCCUGA